CUCAUUCACCGUUCAUUCAUUAAAGUGUCAGAUUCUUUUCUGUUGGAGAAUUUCUCCAAUUUUCUCCAUUGUUUCGAAUUUUUGCUUUUCCAGGUAUUGCUUUAUUCAGAUACAUAAAUGUGUACAAUCCAUAAAGAUUAUUUUUAUUGUUUAGCGUAUCAGGUUUAAAAUAUAAUUUUGAUCUGAUUAUGACCGAAAAAGAAAGUGUUGAUCCGCAGUUGGAAGAUUUUAUCCUUGCUGAAACCCAGAAACAAAGAUUUCAGGUGCUUGUCCAUGGUUUAACAGACACUUGCUGGGACACAUGCAUGGGCCGGCCCGCCACGCGCCUCGACACUAAAACUGAAGUGUGCAUCAUGAAUUGUGUAGAGCGAUUCAUUGACGCUACUACCUUCAUCACUAAACGUCUAAUGAACACAACCAAAUACCGUUCUGACUCUCCCCUGGAAUUCCAAUAAUUUAAUAUCAAGAGUACAACAGAAAACUAUUUACAACCAUGUUUUCCAGUAUCAGAAACUUUUUGCACCGUCAUAAGAGGAAGUUCAUAGUGACGGGUGCAGUUUUUGGUGGACUUUAUAUACUAAGUAGUUAUGCCCAGAAAAAACUACGAGACUGGCAGGAGAGAGAAACCAAAAAGUUCUUUGACAUGACUCGCAAAAAGCAACAUUUUGAAAGUACAGAACGUACCUGCAACCAAACAAUACUUUCCUUGUCAAAGAUUGUUUCUGAAAGUAUUCUUAGUGUUUUAAACACAGAAGAAAUUGUGAAAAAGUUGCUAGAAAAUCCUGAUAAUAAAUUGGAACUAUGGGAGCAGUUGAAAAUUAUGAUAUUUACAAGAAUAUGUGUGCUUGUGUAUGCCUUGUGUAUACUGCAAGUCACUCUGAGGGUCCAGCUGAAUGUCAUCGGUGGUUAUCUUUACAGGGACUCGGUCCAAGAAGAUGAGCAACUGGUUGAUAGUGAGCUGCAAGCAAAGUACUUAUCUUUGUGUCAUCACUUUGUUGGUAAAGGCGUAGAAGAUUUGAUUAAACAGAUUGAGAAAGCCGUGAAAAGGGUUGUUGAACCAAUCUCUCUCAAAAAGAAGAUAACUCUACAAGAAGUAGAGCAAAUGUUUUGGUCAGUACAGACAAUAUUGUGUACAGACACUACUGAAGGUGACCCGGUAAAGAAGAUGGUACACUACCUAGUUGGCCAUGCUGAGAUAAAUGAAGCUAGAUUAGAUACAAUUGUAAAAGAAACAAUGGACAUUUUAGAGAGUGAUGAAGUGUCUUCAAUCACUGUCUCUUCUAUCACCCGUAGUUUUUCAUCUGUUAUUGAUGAAAUGGCCAACCUUUUUGUGACCAAAUCAACUCCCAUGACAAAAAACCAUUUAGAAGUAGAUGAGCAUGUGGUAACAAAUGGAGCUUUAAAGUUAGGAGCAGCCCCAGAACCGUUUGUGGAUGUAAACAAAGUGGAGAUGUUCUUUGUGAAGCUGCUGCCACUUGUGAACGACCUCAUCGCCAAGAACACUUGCAAAGGGAACACUAACAUUCCAGAUAUGCUGAUCCAACAGCUUACUCUGAAUGAUAAGCUGAAACUAUUGGGAGCUAAUAUUUAUGAAGUAUUCAGUGGAGCAUAAAGAAUUC